CCCCCUCCUGCCCGACAGUGCAGCCCCCUGGAUGAUCAGCAUGACAAAGCACUGGGGGGGUCAGAGCCUGCUGGCACCACCCGCUCUCCUACCUGCGCUCUCCUAGCCUGGGAGGCCACCACGACCAUCAACUUGACUUCCAUAUCCAUCCUCUGAUUGCCACAGCGCGGUGCUCUGCAGCCUAACACGGGCCUUCCUACUCAACCCAGGUGCCAGUCCAACAGCCUCCACGGCUGGAAAAGCUUGCCCCUGCCCAGUUCAGCUGGGCCACAGCGCCCAUGGAUAAAGCGAUGCAGCCAAACCACCACGGACCGCCCGGGUCAUCCUACCAGCCGUCGCCCGAGCUCAACAAAGAUGGGCCGAUCACGGAGGAAUCUUGGGACCAGACGAAAAAUGGAAAGAAAAAAAACUAUCAGCGCUACCCCAAACCACCCUACUCCUACCUCGCAAUGAUUGCCAUGGUCAUCCAAAAUUCUUCAGAGAAGAAGCUUACGUUGUCUGAGAUUCUAAAGGAGAUCAGUACACUUUUCCCUUUUUUCAAAGGGAACUACAAAGGCUGGCGGGACUCAGUGCGACACAACCUCUCUUCCUAUGACUGCUUUGUUAAGGUACUGAAGGAUCCUGGGAAGCCCCAGGGGAAGGGGAACUUCUGGGCCGUGGAAGUGAGCCGGGUGCCGCUGGAGCUCCUCAAGAGGCAGAACACUGCUGUGUCACGCCAGGAUGAGACCAUCUUCGCCCAGGAUCUUGCUCCUUACAUCCUGCAUGGGCACCAACAUAAGCCAGAUGCAGAGCCCCCGGCCCCCCCCACCACCAAUCCUCUAUCCCCCAUGCCCACCAGACAGCUCUCCCCCUCUCAGGAGGACCUGUACCGGCCCAAGCUGGACUCGUCCUUUGCCAUUGACUCCCUCCUCCACAGCCUGAGACCGGCCAGCGAAGCAGGAGAACCCGACAGGGGCAGGGACUGCUGGGGGGUGGAGCCCCACUCUCGUCCUUCCCCUCCUCCAUGCGCUCGCUACUCCUCCUCCGCCCGCAGCGCCUCAGCGAGCUCCGUCAGCCCCGCCUCGUCUUCCGAUGAGGACUGGAGGGGCGUGUCGCAAGGCGGGAAGCAGGUGCCCGAGGGCGAGGCGGGAUCAGACGGGUACGAGGACAGCAGACCCCCUCCACACAAGACUGCCCGCCGAGGCUGCCCCCCUCCCUGGGAGCUUCCCACCUCAUAUGCCAAGUACACACCGCCCAAUGCCGUGGCCCCGCCCAGCAUGCGUUUUAACGGAGGCCCUCUGAUGCCUCUGGGCAUGCCUCUGUAUGGUUACGGAGGGUCUCCUGUCACAUCCAGCCAUUUUGUAGGUCAUGCCUACUGGCCCCUCUUACCCAGCGGGCGCCCUCCCCUCAUUAUGGACCUGGACACUAUGCUCCAGUCAGUACCGCCCAAUAAGAGUGUGUUUGAUGUGCUGGGUCCACCCAAUCAGUCGUCUCACCAGCCUGCUGGUCAGUAUGCCCUGCAGAGUGAACCCCCUCUCAGACGUUAUCCCCAUUAUUGACUAUGACUCAAAUCAAGCAAGCACCGAACAUAUUGUAAGUGCAAUGCAGGGAUAAGAAUGACCUAUCCGUACAAACUUAACUUCGUGUCCACAUUUAUUAAAUGUUUACAGAAGACCAAAUUGUAAAUUCAAAUGUACAACCACUAAUAUCUACCUCAAAUAUACAACCACUAAUAUCUACCUCAAAUAUAC